GCCAUCCUCCAAGCCGCUUGCCUGCGGCUGUCCUAGAGAUUCGCCCUCCAGAGGUUGCGUUGGAAGACACUACGGCUCUUACACGCAGUAUUCAACCGCAUCCUAGUCUUCUCCCCCCCGUCCCCUUCCCCCCUUAUCCCUCGGAGCUCUACAGCUUCACUUCAUACCCACCACCGCUCCUACCGACCCCAUUGCGGCCCCCUCCCCCUUCCCUCGCCCCCGUCUCCAUUCUGACUUCCCCGGUGGCCCCAGCAGGCUAACCCGUAUGACCUUAGCUAUAUAGAUAGACUGUAGGGGCUGUAGCAAAAAGAAACAGCUUCACGCAAAUACCUUGGAGCAUCAAAUCUGACGACCGGAUCGUAUACGCCUCCCCUGGUCUUCAACUGAGCUGAGGCGGCCAAAGUUUAGAAUUGAUCUCAAAGGCCUUUGCCAAUUUACGUUAAUACGCCCCAUCCCGGAAGCUUACGCUUCUCCCCCGGAGAGAGAAACUGCAAAUUCGACGAUGGACUUGUUCACGCAAAUGACGGGGUUUCCACACCCGAACCUCGAAUUCUUAUCAUCACCCAGGUUCUGGUGGUGCACGUUCUGGAUCUUGUGGGUCCAUCGUUAUCUACGUUUAAUUGUCCACACUUUCAGUCACUGGUUUUAUAAGUCAAAGCCCAUCCCUGCCAAGCCAGCUUUUACCGCACAGGACGUGACGGUCAUAAUUCCCACAAUUCAUAAUGCCUUCGACGAGCUCCGCCCUUCGCUAGAGAGCAUCUUGGCAUGCCAUCCCCGUGAAUUAAUCCUGGUGACGACGGUGGACAAGCUGACUGCGCUGGAGAAGCUCGCGAGCACGCUCUCGACACCGGACGUCGUCCGCGUGCUGUUCACGGCCAUCGCGAACAAGCGGCUCCAGGUGUGCGAGGCCCUACCCAAUGUGAUGACGAAAAUCACGAUCAUGGCGGACGACGACGUUACCUGGCCGUCCACGCUCAUCCCGUGGAUCCUGGCCCCCUUUGAGGACCCGAAGAUCGGGGGCGUUGGGACCUGCCAGCGUGUGCGGCGGGAGAGGAACGGAUCCUGGUCGACGUGCAUCUUCAACUGGCUCGGAGCGGCGUACAUUGAGCGGCGAAAUUUCGAGAUCUCAGCCACACACAACAUUGACGGUGGGACAUCCUGCAUGUCUGGACGGACCGGCGCUUACCGAUCGGAAAUUCUCUCGAGCCACGACUUUCUCGAAGGCUUCAAGACGGAGCGGUGGCGCGAUUUCAUCCUAAACGCCGACGACGACAACUUCGUGACCCGCUGGCUCGUGAGCCACCAGUGGAAGACGUGGGUCCAGUACGAGCGCGAGUGCGAGAUCGAGACUACGCUCGAGAACGGCCUCAAAUUCCUCUACCAGUGCUCCCGAUGGGCCCGAAGUAACUGGAGAAGCAACUGGACAAGCCUGUGCCGCGAGAAAUAUGUGUUUACUCAACAGCCGUGGAGCACCUACGCGCUUCAUAUUGCGACCUUCACUUCCCUGGCCUUCCUCGUGGAUCCCCUCCUCGUCCUCUCGCUCUGGUGGGGAAGCGAGGGCUGGGACAUGGAUCUCCGCCGCCGCUGGUUCUGGGCUCAGAUCAUCUUCAUGUUCGCCUACACUAAGGUUGUCAAGCUCAUCGGCCUGUUCCGACGACACCCAAGCGAUGUCAUCUUCCUGCCCGUCUCCAUCAUCUUCGGCUACUUCCACGGGUUGAUCAAGCUCUACGCGCUUGUGACCUUGAACAUGACCUCGUGGGGAAGUCGACCUGACGGUGAUGCUAACGACGCUUUGCGGAUGGCCCGCCGCCCUAAGAGGAGCGAUAGUGUCGCCACACCUCGGCCUCGGCCGGACGAUCUCGAGCGUGUAAUGAACGUGAUAAGCCACCGUUCGCGAAACGCCCAAACGGUCCUCCCCGAGAAAGACGUACGACACGACAGGGACUUUCCACACAUCGCCAUAGUAAAGAGCUAGGAGCGCGCGUGCGCGCGUGUACGAAGAGAGAGAAGGGGGGGGAAGGGGGUGUGGAGAAAGAGGAAGAGCAGAUGGGGGUGUCUCAUGCUCCGCUGCAGUUUUAUUAUUCGGCUACCUGGGACGGAUGACUUGGGGCUCACAGCAGCACGAAAAUGGUUACGCAUUUUACGAUUUGAUGAACGCGAGGUGUCUACGGUUCGUUUUUUUUUACGCCGGAUGGUUUAUCGGAAGAGGUCAAAACGGUACUCUCCAUCCUACGGUAUACAACGCCGCCGCCACACGAAAGAAAAAAAAAACGUGGAUGGAGGUCGGACCCAUGAUGGCUUUCAGCCUAUAAGACGGGGAAGUCUUCUUUUUAGGUCUUGGGGCGGUUAGAUAUAAUCUACAACCCAGACAAAAAAGAAAGGGAAGAAACCCCUGCCCCGCCCCCCAAAAAAAACACAAAAAGGAGAGAUAGGAAGA